AUCGUACAUCAACAUCGAGAACAGGACGCAAACACAACAGUCAUGUCGAUGUUUUCGCUGAAAGGAAAGACUGCGUUGAUUACUGGCGCUACGAGAGGCAUUGGCCAGGCUAUGGCAAUUGCUUUGGCGGAGGCGGGUGCGGAUGUUAUCAUGAUCCAGAGAGAUACUUCGAGUACCGCUACGAAGGAAAAGAUUGAAGUGCUCGGUCGCAAGGCACCUAUCUACACUUGCAACCUCGGCGACAACGCCGCUGUCAAGACUGUCAUCGCGGAAAUCCUGAAUGACGGCUACCAUAUUGACAUCUUAGUCAACUGCGGUGGCAUCCAAAGAAGACACAAAGCCGAAGAGUUCCCAGAUGAUGAUUGGAAUGAGGUUCUCCAGGUCAACUUGACCACCGUCUUCACGCUAUGCCGUGAAGUCGGCAAAUACAUGAUCGACAACGGCCGGAAAGGCAAGAUCAUCAACGUUGCAAGUCUCAUGACAUUCCAAGGAGGCAUCAACGUACCAGCAUAUGCUGCUGCGAAGGGUGGUAUCGGACAAUUGACGCAAGCGCUGUCAAACGAAUGGUCAUGUAAGGGGAUCAAUGUCAAUGCUCUUGCUCCGGGAUACAUUGCAACGGACAUGACUGCAGCUCUCAGAAACGAUGAUAGCCGAGCCAAGGGCAUUCUAGAAAGGAUCCCCGCAGCAAGAUGGGGGACGCCGGAGGAUUUUAAGGGACCGGUGGUAUUCCUGGCGAGCGGAGCGUCUGAUUACAUGUGUGGAGAGGUUAUGGUGGUUGACGGAGGAUGGAUGGGAAGGUGAAGCCCCUACACGGCGACCGAGACCAACUUAGAGCUAUGAGAAAAC